CGUUUGUGUACAUUCUCUGUUUUGUUAGCUGGUAUUACCUGCAGAGAUCCUGGUACCACGGGGUCUCCUCCGCUCCGGACCGGACCGACAAACAUCCCAGGACCACCACCGACCAAAGGACCAGCUUCAGCGGGGAGCAUCGUUGUUGGUGCUGUCCCUAUCAAUGCAACACAGGGGGAUACCAGUCCUGCAACAGACAAUGCUACAGUCACUACGAUGCUAGAUGUGCAAAAACAAGUCAUCCAGAAUACGACUCACCAUGCAGCAGGUGUGGUGGUUUCAAUGCUAGAGCCACAGCGAUCCAGUGCAGAAACUCUAGAAGAGCUUGAAGAACACAUGGUUGUCCAAGAGGGAGAUAUUUUGAUACCGGAGGACAGGAAUGCCGUGCAAAACCUGUGGUCAGACGCCGUCGUGCCGUACACCAUCAGUCAUGAACUCACUGAUCGAGCGUUUAACAUCCACGCUGCCUUCAAGAUGAUCUCAGACGUCACCUGCAUUCGCUUCAGGCCCCGCACCACCGAGCUGAACUACGUCAAGUUCGGCAACGGUAAAGGCUGUGCGUCCUUCGUUGGAUGUCGAGGAGGAGCCCAGCCGCUGUAUUACGGCCCCUGGUGCUCUGUGGGUAGUGUCUGCCAUGAGAUCCUCCACUCUCUGGGUCUCCACCACGAACACACCCGCCCGGACCGCGACCAGUACAUCUCUGUGGCGUGGAGCAGCAUCAUACCAGCGAGACGAAACAACUUCAAGGUGAAACGUGGAGACACCCAGAACCUGCCGUAUGACCUCAACUCCAUCAUGCACUACGGACAGUAUUUUUUCAGUGUGGAUGGCAGUCCGACAGUGUUGUCUAAGCAGAGCGGGGUGCAGAUGGGUCAGAGGUCACACCUCAGCCAGCUGGACGUACUGAGGCUGAACUCCCUCUACCACUGUGACGAGCGGAGGAAGGACGCACUGACCGUGAGAUUAAUAAACAUUUAAAAACUC